AUGGCGUCAGAUCUCCGAUCCUGCCUCUCCUCCGCCCAAGUUCACAACCUCUCCUUCUCCUCCUCCUCCUCAUCCUUCUCUAAUCUCCUCAACAUCUCCAUCCAGAACCUCCGAUUCACCGAUCCCUCAAUCCCCAAACCCCUCGCCAUCAUCCUCCCCUCCACUAAAUCCCAGAUCCAAACCUCCAUCCUCUGCUGCCGCCGCACCGGCGUCUCCAUCCGCAUCCGCAGCGGCGGCCACAGCUACGAAGGCCAAUCCUCCACCUCCUCCUCCAUCCCUUUCGCCAUCAUCGACCUAAUGAAUCUCAAAUCCAUUCACUUCGACAUUUCAUCAAACACCUCAUGGGUACAAGCCGGUGCCACCAUAGGUGAGCUGUACCUCACAAUCUCCAAUCUCUCCAACCUCUCCCUCGCCAUCUCCGCCGGGUCCUGCUCCACGAUGGGCGCCGGCGGUCACAUCGCCGGCGGAGGGUUCGGGUUCUUAUCGAGGAAGUAUGGGUUGGCGGCUGAUAGCGUGGUGGAUGCUUUGUUGAUUGAUUAUGAAGGCAAGGUGUUCGAUAAAAGGUCGAUGGGGACUGAUGUGUUUUGGGCGAUCCGUGGCGGUGGUGGUGGGAGUUGGGGCGUGGUGUAUGCGUGGAAGCUCAGGGCCGUGCCCGUGCCGAACACCGUCACCCGCUUCACCCUCCAACGCGGCCGAGCUACCGUGCGAGAUGCUGCGCUUCUUCUCCAUAAAUGGCAGACAAUAGCGCCCAAUCUCCCAGACGAGUUCUAUCUGUCCACAUUGAUCUCGGGCGACAUCAACGGAACCCUAACCACCAUUUCCAUCUCUUUCUCUGGCUUAUUCCUUGGCUCCAAAGGCGCCGCCAUUGACAUCCUAACCUCACGAUUCCCUGAGCUGCAACUCAAUGACUUAGAUUGCAUCGAAGAGACAUGGCUCGACUCAGCGGCUCACUAUGCUGGCCUUGACUCAUCGGCUCAUCUCAGUAAUCGUUCCCAAUCCAAAGAUUACUUCAAAGCUAAGUCGGAUUAUGUCAGGGCACCAAUCUCAAAAUAUGACCUGGAGAAAGUACUGGAUAAACUCGCUGGUGUCUCACCAGCAUAUCUUAUUCUCGACCCGUAUGGUGGGGCCAUGAGUAGGAUAAGCGAAAGUGAUCUCCCUUUCCCACAUAGGGCUGGGAUUUUAUUUAGUAUCCAAUAUCUGAUUAGUUGGACGGCUGAGGAUGAAAUGAGUGGAAUUGGGGAAAAAUACAUUCAGGAUUUGAGGGGUUUCUAUGAGUUUAUGGCUCCAUUUGUGUCUAAAAAUCCUAGAGAGGCUUAUGUGAAUUAUUUGGACUUAGAUUUAGGGUUAAAUGUGGGGAGCGUGGAGGAUGAUAGGGUUUGGGGGGAGAGAUAUUUUUUGAGGAAUUUUGAUAGAUUGGUCAAAGCCAAAACCCUAAUUGACCCUCAUAAUGUGUUUAGUAAUCAGCAAAGUAUUCCUCCUUUAUCUUUUUAGAGUUUGGUUAUGUCAUUUUUUUAUAUAG